UCGGCUCUGGUUGGGUUUGGGAGCGGAGGAGAGUUUCCGAGCUAUGGCGAAGACCGGGAGGGAGGUGGAUACCCAGAGCGUGGCUGCAUUCACCGUGUUAAAGCGGGCGGUGGAGCUAGACUCGGAAUCCCGGUACCAGCAGGCUCUGGUUUGUUACCAAGAGGGGAUAGACCUGCUCAUGCAGGUUCUGAGAGGUACCAAAGAUGACACAAAGAAAUCUAAUCUCAGAAAGCAAAUUACUGGCUACAUGGAUAGAGCAGAAAUAGUGAAGAAAUACUUGGAUCAAGAAAAAGAAGAUGGAAAAUAUCAUGAGCAGAUUAAAAUAGAAGAGAAUGCAACAGGUUUCAGUUAUGAGUCGCUUUUUCAAAAAUACCUUAAUGAAACAGUUACAGAAGUUUGGAUACAAGAUCCUUAUAUUAGACAGAUUCAUCAGCUAUAUAAUUUUCUUCGAUUUUGUGAGAUGCUUAUUAAGAAACCAUGUAAAGUAAAAACUAUUCAUCUUCUCACCUCUCUGGAUGAAGGUAGUGGGAAACAGCAGCAAAGUAGUGGUCUGCAAGAAAUAAAAGAGUCACUCCAGAAUCAUGGGGUGCUGUUGGAAAUAGAAUAUUCUUCUUCAGUUCAUGACCGAGAAAUUAGGUUUAAUAAUGGAUGGAUGAUUAAGAUUGGAAGGGGACUUGACUAUUUUAAGAAACCACAGAGUCGUUUUUCCCUUGGAUAUUGUGAUUUUGAUUUAAGACCAUGUCAUGAAACAACAGUGGAUAUUUUUCAUAAUAAGUACACAAAAAAAAUAUGAUGGGUAGCAGCUUAAUUUGCAUUAUAUAUUUCUAUUUUAAGUGAAUAUUGAUUUUGUUACUUUGGACAGAUCAUUCCUAUAAUUAUGAAUUUAACAAUAAAUUUUUACAUUUCUACUAA